GAUUAGGGUUUAGAAUUAAUGUUUAGCCCAAUAAAUUAGGCCCAUUUGCAAUAGGAGGGAGAGGUUAGACUUUAGACGCCAUCGCCGUUUCUAGGCGCAGGCGGUGGGUUAUUGCUCCAGUGUAAAUCGCUCAGUGACGCAGGACUCGGCCUCGGAAAUUGGCACUAGUAUAUCGUUAAUCGCAACUUUUGAUUUUGGUCAAGCCUUGUGGUGGAAGUAGAUAAAACCUAAUCCAGAAAUUAUUGAACAAAGCUCUAGGAUCACUAAGUGGGGAAAAAUUUGCAGCAAUGUCGAGUGAUUGGAGAAGAACACUGGGAAAUGUGAGGACGUUUAUAGGGAAUUCAAUGGGAGGCCUUAGAGGAGGAAGCAACCUCGCUUCGUGGCUUGUUGCAGGAACCCUAGCCUACUUUCUCUGGAUCAAGCCCUCCCAGGACCUCAAGAAAGAACAAGAGCAGCAAAGGGCAGCACUUGCAGCUGCAGAUCCUUAUAGAUAUGUUGAGAAACGAAAACCCAUACCGGAUCCGCAGGAAACUGGAUUGAUAUACGGAAACAAGAAUAAAACAAGCAAACCGGUGGAAUAGUUUGCUUGACAUACAGUACUUGAUCUUCUUGGUGUCCUUUGCACUUGCACAAUUGAUAAACAUAAGUAUGUGCUUCAUCUCUAUUUAAGAGUCUGGGUAGGGGGAGGGGACCUUUGCAUCCUUUUUAAGGGAUCACCGAUCUCUGGUUUGUGGAUGACCCAAUGUCUGUGUAUUCAAAUUGUCAUUGAGAUUAAAUGCAGCCACAUAACUGUACGCAAGCAUCUUGUUAGAUUGUAUGCCAUUGCCACCACCAUGUGACAUGUGCAAUAAUGCAAACAUCUAAACUCUAAAGAGAUGUGGAUUUUCUCAUUUAGAUGCUA